AAAAUGUGUACCUCCCAGUGUUUGGGUCCUCUGGGCUUCGUUAUGGAGGAGUUGAGCUACAGAAAUUAGCCCAGUCAAUUAAGUUUACGUGCGUAAAAGUUAAAGUGAUAUGAAUUAAGAUCAAUGUGACCUACAGAAGGAAAUUAAAAAAAAUUUUUUCUGCAGCCAUGACUGUAGUGAUUGGAUUUGAGGGCAGUGCCAAUAAGAUCGGCAUAGGCAUAAUCAGGGAUGGGGAAGUGCUUUCCAACCCCAGACGGACUUACAUUACACCUCCGGGUCAAGGGUUCCUGCCAAGUGACACAGCCAGACACCACCGUGCUUUCAUACUAACCGUCCUGAAGGAGGCGCUGGAGCAAGCGGGGCUAAAACCUGCAGACAUCGACUGUGUGGCAUACACCAAAGGUCCUGGUAUGGGUGCACCCUUGGUGACGGUGGCUCUAGUGGCACGCACAGUUGCACAGCUUUGGGGAAAGCCGCUGCUCGGUGUGAACCACUGUAUCGGACACAUAGAGAUGGGACGACUUAUCACCAAAGCCAACAACCCCACCGUGCUUUAUGUUAGCGGGGGCAAUACACAGGUUAUUGCAUACUCAGAGCGGCGGUACCGAAUAUUUGGGGAGACCAUCGACAUUGCAGUCGGCAACUGUUUAGACAGGUUUGCCAGAGUUAUUAAGAUUUCCAAUGAUCCAAGUCCAGGCUACAACAUAGAGCAGAUGGCCAAAAAAGGGAGUCAGUAUGUGGAGCUGCCAUAUACAGUAAAGGGCAUGGAUGUGUCCUUUUCUGGCAUUUUGUCCUACAUUGAAGAUGCUGCUCAUAAGAUGCUGAGCUCUGGUCAGUGUACAGCAGAAGACCUGUGUUUCUCACUUCAGGAGACAUUGUUCUCCAUGCUGGUGGAGAUCACAGAAAGGGCUAUGGCUCACUGUGGCUCCCAGGAAGUGCUGAUUGUCGGUGGCGUUGGCUGUAACCUGCGUCUGCAGGAGAUGAUGGGAGUGAUGUGUAAGGAGAGAGGAGCAAAGCUGUUUGCCACAGAUGAAAGAUUUUGCAUUGACAACGGAGCGAUGAUUGCUCAGGCCGGCUGGGAGAUGUUUCGGUCUGGUCAGGUGACAGAGCUAGAAGACUCAUGGAUCACACAAAGGUAUAGAACAGAUGAGGUGGAGGUGACAUGGAGAGACUGACUGCAGCACCAUCAUUUUGUGGUCUGUUGUGACACAUUUGGCGUGGUACACCAGGCUCGAAAGUAACAUGGCAGCUCCACAGAUGAAUACUUUUCUGUACAUCCAAAACCUGAUCUCAUCCAUUUGCACCACAUGGUUGAAAAACUAUUUAAACACAUCCAAGAGACACACUGCUGUAACAUGGUCCUUCAUGAAAAAUGUCUCAAAUGCUCAGACUGUAAAUUAGUUUAGUUCCUGAGCUAUGCUACAUAGCUUCACUGGUUAAGGCCUUUUUACAUGCCAACAAAAAAAUGCAGACUAUUAACCAGGAAGACUGCAAGUUUCCAUUUUGAAGGGUUUAUCCAGACAGAUCAUUGAUAUCAAAGGAGCUGGUUUCAUAUUUUUAGUGCCUGACUAACAUUUAAACAGCUCACACACAGAGCUCGGUGUUGGAUUGUAUGAAGGAGUAGCUUUGUAUUACCAAAAAUGUUACUUUUCUUAAAAUUCCCACCUUUAUAACUUUAGGUUCUGGAGACGUACCCGCUGAGCCCCCCUCCCAGAACUUGCUCGUAUAAUUUCUUGCACGUUUGCAUGUGCUCUUAUGUAGUUACAACAGAAAGUUUUUCAUGAAAUUAGUGAGAUUUUCAACCCUGUCAGGCUGCCAGCAGUAAAUGACAAUUUGUGUUGAAAUAAAGAUGAUUAAGCGAUCCACUCAAGUUUACUCAUUUUUAUUAAGCAAUACUGUUCUCUUACAUUCUUCCUCCUUCUCCAGUGUAAUUUUUAUUUAAUAAAUUCUUUUCAAAAAUCAACAUACUGAACAUGGUGACAUCCCUUAUGGAUUCAUAAGUAACAUUCACCCAAUUGGGACCAAAUGAAAACAAAAGGAACACAGCAUUAAUA